UUAUCCAGCUAUCAAAAAGCAUGGAGAGAUUACGUGAAAUUUCGACAUCUACUCGCGAAUAUGUCGAAACCCUCCUUCGAAGAUAAAAGAAAGUUAGAGGCAAAGGAAAACAAACUGCAAGAGUUACGUACUCAGAGCAAGAUGAAGCGCGACGUCACAGUCGAUGUCACCUCCGACGGAUUUUACAGAACCGGCAUUAUGUGUGAUAUUGUGCAGCAUGCGAUGCUGAUACCGGUACUCGUCUGUCAUCUGCGGUUUCACAAGUCCUUGGACAAUCUGGAACGCACGUUGGGUUACGAAUUUAAGAACAGAUAUUUGCUCCAACUGGCCCUUACACAUCCCAGCUACCGCGAGAAUUUUGGCACGAAUCCGGAUCACGCACGAAACUCUCUGACGAACUGCGGCAUAAGGCAGCCCGAGUAUGGCGAUCGCAGAAUCCACUAUAUGAACACGCGAAAACGCGGCAUCAACACCUUGAUAAACAUAAUGUCCAGAUUCGGCGCGAAAACGGAAACGGAAUCGUCCAUAGCGCACAACGAACGGCUGGAAUUUCUGGGCGACGCAGUCGUCGAGUUUCUCACGUCCAUCCAUCUCUUUCAUAUGUUUCCAGAUCUGGAGGAAGGCGGUCUGGCUACUUACAGGGCGGCGAUCGUGCAAAAUCAGCAUCUCGCCGUAUUGGCGAAAAAACUGAGUCUUGAGGAGUACAUGCUCUAUGCACACGGUAGCGAUCUCUGCCACGAUUUGGAACUGAGGCAUGCAAUGGCAAAUUGUUUUGAAGCGUUGAUGGGCUCGCUCUUUCUUGACGGAGGGAUAGAAGUGGCCGAUCGAGUUUUCGGAGAGACG